CUUUUUCUUCUCAUUCAGCAGCUAACAACCAUGGAGACGGCCCUUUCCACUCCCCAUAAUAUCCAGAUCUGUGAGGUGACCUGCGACUCCUUCCGCAUCGCCUGGGACAUGACCCCUGAGGAUACUGCCAAGACCACACACUUCUUCAUAGACCUGAGCCGCAAGGAGGGCGGGGAUCCCAACCGCUUCAAGCACAGGGUCUGUCUGACUUUUCUCCCUCAUAAAACCUCCCCAGGCCCCCCCCAUCCUUCCCCCUUGACUCAAUGACUAUGACUCCCACUGUCUAGAUCCAUGUUUUGCACUUCAUUCCAUCCUGUUUUCCAAUAAUAGACAUUUCACUGCAACAUGUGAUGUGAUAUGUUUUGAUAUAACCCGAGAUGGCCUUGCAUGAGACAGUGUCUAUGCAGAGCUAUAGUUCUAUAGAUACUGUGUUGUUUAGUAGAUCAAAACCUGGUGGUAAGUGUAUCUGACACUGCACUGCAGCAGUUACAACCCAGAGACCAGUGGUAGUGCCGUUUCAGUCACUUCCAGUGCAAGAGCGUGAGAAUUGUGUGCUGCAAAACAGCUUCGGGCAAGCAACUCAUUGGCACAUUUCUUUCCUCUUCAAUGGCUAAAAACUGACAAAGCCUGAAAACUGCAGCUUUGUUUUCUUCACUAUGAACUGUGAUUUUAUUCCACACCAAUCACUGAACUGAUUUAUUGUAUACUACCCAUCAUUUCUUCAUUUUAUUUUCUCAACAUCAUGUUGGGGGUCAAAAAAUAUAGGCUUAGCUAAUUGCAAUCAUUAUUUGAAAUACAAUAAUGAUUGAAAUAGAAAAUGAAGUGACCGUUAUUUACAAUGGGAUCCUUCCUAACAGACAGAAAUUAUACACUACAGCAGAUUCACGCCUCACUGUUGGAAGGACCUAGGACUAUUAUUUGAGGUUAUCUCUUAUCUUGUGACAGAGGGAGAAUUUUAAUGAUUGAAAUGAAAGAUGUCAUGCUCAGUCAUCCCCAAUGGGUGCUUCUGAAGCUUACUUACCUCUACAUCUAAUCUAUCCACAUUUUAGAUACUGGAUUACCUAAUUUGGUACGGUUCUCUAUUAAUGUAAUUUAUAUCUCAAAAGUCCUUUCCCUAUUUAACACAUUUGAGUCAGCAAUGCAAGGUAUUCAUUUUUCUUCAUUUCUGAUCAGUUAGUGUCCUGGAAUUGUUCUGUGCUGAAUACACUUUCUUCUUAUUCUCCCCUCAGCCUUUACAAAAGCUCCUGACUUCUGUUGUACAGAGCUGUGCAGAGUUGUACUUGAUUGAAAGCGUGUUUCUAUCGCUCGGGAAUCAAAGUGACACAAACAAAUUUGCACCAGGGUGGUUGCCAUGGAUAUGUGGCCCCUCUGAGCUUGUUGCAAUUAGUUCUGAGCUUGUUGCGUCUUAGAGGCCCUGGCCAAAACAAAGCCAGUCAUUUGGUUGGAUAUACAGCAGCUUAGCUAGACCAGUUUGUACCAGAAUAUGUUGCAGAAAUGUACAAUUCAUGAGUCUGAUUACAUAAUAAACAUUUUGAUCUUACCGAAAAUUGCCUUUUUAGCAAUUAAUUGCUGUAUUCUAGUAAUUCAUCUAAUGAGUCUCUUGAAUUAACAUGUAUCCAUGUUUCAACCAUCAGGAUGUGCCCACCAAACUGGUGGCGAAGGCGGUGCCUUUACCUAUGGCAGUGAGAGGCCAUUGGUUCCUGAGCCCGCGGACAGAGUACUGUGUUGCUGUGCAGACAGCAGUAAGACAGGUAGACGGAGAGUACCUGGUGUCUGAAUGGAGCAGGGUGGUCGAGUUCUGCACAGGGGGUAUGUUUAAGUUGAGUUUUUUAGUUUUUAAAGUGGCUUUGAGAUUGUACUUGGCAUGAAAAGCAUUAUAUAAAAUACAUCUAUUAUUAUUUUUAUAGAAGUACACAGGGCCGGCUCUAGCCUUUAAGGGGCCCUAAGCGAGCAUUGGUUGGGGGGCCCCCCACCUUGACGAUGAAGAGAAAAAAACAUUUUGCCAUGGGACGGGAGGGAACUUUUGCAGUUUUACAGCUAAUUUCCUGCAAUUCUACCCAUUUUUACCAUGGGGUGGAGAUAACCUUUUGCUCUUUUAAAGCAAAUUUCCUGCAAUUCUACACAUUUUGUAAUGACUUUUGCCAUGUUUAUCCAGCAGCAUACCACCCUACAUCCCACUGAUGGAUUGCUUCUGAAGCUAAGCAGGGUUGGUCCUGGAUCGGAGACCAGAUGCUGCUGGAAGUGGUGUUCGAGGGCCAGUAGGAGGCACUCUUUUCUCUGGUCAAAAAAAUAAUAUUCCAAUGCCCCACGGCAAUGCCCUGUGUAGGGUGCCAUCUUUGGAUGGGACUUUAAAUGGGUGUCCUGACUCUCUGUGGUCAAUAAUGAUCCCAUGGUACUUAUCGUAAGACUAGGGGUGUUAACCUCGGUGUCCUGGCUAAAUUCCCAAUAUGGCCCUCAUACAAUCAUGGCCACCUAAUCAUCCCCAGCUUCCAAUUGGCUCAUUCAUCUCCCCUCCUCUGCCCUGUAACUAUUCCCCAAGUCGUUGCUGUAAAUGGGAAAGUGUUCUCAGUCAACUUACCUGGUAAAAUAAGGGUGAAACAAAGAAAAAUAUGAUCCGAGUGAGAAUGACUAACAAAAUCAAUGGGGGCCCCCUGGAGGUCAGGGCCCAUGGGCACAGGCCCUGAGUGACUGGUCGGUAUUUGGCCAUUAUUACUACAAGUUUAGAUAGCUGGCUAGACUAACUACCAAUCUAAAAAAUGUUAGCUGACAUGGCUAAUUGAGUGACUAUCAGUGCCUGACAUAACAAGAGAAAAACUGCUGAUGCACAACCAAAUUUAGAAAUUGCAUAUGGUGUAUUCUACUAGUCUUACUCUCAAUAGUAAGUUGAGACCCCGACUGAGUUCCAUAUACACUGCUCAAAAAAAUAAAGGGAACACUUAAACAACACAAUGUAACUCCAAGUCAAUCACACUUCUGUGAAAUCAAACUGUCCACUUAGGAAGCAACACUGAUUGACAAUACAUUUCACAUGCUGUUGUGCAAAUGGAAUAGACAACAGGUGGAAAUUAUAGGCAAUUAGCAAGACACCCCCAAUAAAGGACUGGUUUUGCAGGUGGUGACCACAGACCACUUCUCAGUUCCUAUGCUUCCUGGCUGAUGUUUUGGUCACUUUUGAAUGCUGGCGGUGCUUUCACUCUAGUGGUAGCAUGAGACGGAGUCUACAACCCACACAAGUGGCUCAGGUAGUGCAGCUCAUCCAGGAUGGCACAUCAAUGUGAGCUGUGGCAAGAAGGUUUGCUGUGUCUGUCAGCGUAGUGUCUGUCAGCGUAGUGUCCAGAGCAUGGAGGCGCUACCAGGAGACAGGCCAGUACAUCAGGAGACGUGGAGGAGGCCGUAGGAGGAACAACCCAGCAGCAGGACUGCUACCUCCACCUUUGUGCAAGGAGGAGCAGGAGGAGCACUGCCAGAGCCCUGCAAAAUGACCUCCAGCAGGCCACAAAUGUGAAUGUGUCUGUUCAAACGGUCAGAAACAGACUCCAUGAGGGUGGUAUGAGGGCCCGACGUCCACAGGUGGGGGUUGUGCUUACAGACCAGCACCGUGCAGGACGUUUGGCAUUUGCCAGAGAACACCAAGAUUGGAAAAUCCGCCAUUGGCGCCCUGUGCUCUUCACAGAUGAAAACAGGUUCACACUGAGCACAUGUGACAGACGUGACAUAGUCUGAAGAUGCCGUGGAGAACCUUCUGCUGCCUGCAACAUCCUCCAGCAUGACCGGUUUGGCGGUGGGUCAGUCAUGGUGUGGGGUGGCAUUUCUUUGGGGGGCCGCACAGCGCUCCAUGUGCUCGCCAGAGGUAGCCUGACUGCCAUUAGGUACCGAGAUGAGAUCCUCAGACCCCUUGUGAGACCAUAUGCUGGUGUGGUUGGCCCUGGGUUCCUCCUAAUGCAAGACAAUGCUAGACCUCAUGUGGCUGGAGUGUGUCAGCAGUUCCUGCAAGAGGAAGGCAUUGAUGCUAUGGACUGGCCCGCCCGUUCCCCAGACCUGAAUCCAAUUGAGCACAACUGGGACAUCAUGUCUCGCUCCAUCCACCAACGCCACGUUGCACCACAGACUAUCCAGGAGUUGGCGGAUGCUUUAGUCCAGGUCUGGGAGGAGAUCCCUCAGGAGACCAUCCGCCACCUCAUCAGGAGCAUGCCCAGGCGUUGUAGGGAGGUCAUACAGGCACGUGGAGGCCACACACACUACUGAGCCUCAUUUUGACUUGUUUUAAGGACAUUAUAUCAAAGUUGGAUCAGCCUGUAGUGUGGUUUUCCACUUUAAUUUUGAGGGUGACUCCAAAUCCAGACCUCCAUGGGUUGAUAAAUUAGAUUUCCAUUGAUAAUUUUUGUGUGAUUUUGUUGUCAGCACAUUCAACUAUGUAAAGAAAAAAGUAUUUAAUAAGAUUAUUUCAUUCAUUCAGAUCUAGGAUGUGUUAUUUUAGUGUUCCCUUUAUUUUUUUGAGCAGUGUAUAUACAGUACCAGUCAAAAGUUUGGACAAACCUACUCAUUCAAGGGUUUUUCUUAAUUUUUACUAUUUUCUACAUUGUAGAAUAAUAGUGAAGACAUCAAAACUAUGAAAUAACACCUAUGAAAUCAUGUAGUAACCAAAAAAGUGUUAAAACAAAUCAAAAUAUAUUUUAUAUUUGAGAUUCUUCAAAGUAGCCACCCUUUGUCUUCAUGACAGCUUUGCACACUCUUGGCAUUCUCUCAACCAGCUUCACCUGGAAUGCUUUUCCAACAGUCGUGAAGUAGUUCCCACAUAUACUGAGCACUUGUUGGCUGCUUUUCCUUCACUCUGCGGUCCAACUCACCCCAAACCAUCUCAAUUGGGUUGAGGUCAGGUGAUUGUGGAGGCCAGGUCAUCUGAUGCAGCACUCCAUCACUCUCCUUCUUGAUAAAAUAGCCCUUACACAGCCUGGAGGUGUGUUGGGUCAUUGUCCUGUUGAAAAACAAAUGAUAGUCCCACUAAGCGCAAACCAGAUGGGAUGGCGUAUCGCUGCAGAAUGCUGUGGUAGCCAUGCUGGUUAAGUGUGCCUUGAAUUCUAAAUAAAUCAAUGACAGUGUCACCAGCAAAGCACCCCCACACCAUCACACCUCCUCCUCCAUGCUUCAUGGUGGGAACCACACAUGUGGAGAUCAUCCGUUUACCUACUCUGCGUCUCACAAAGACACGGCGGUUGGAACCAAAAAUCUAAAAUUUGGACUCAUCAGACCAAAGGACAGAUUUCCACUGAUCUAAUGUCCGUUGCUCGUGUUUCUUGGCCCAAGCAAGUCUCUUCUUCUUAUUGGUGUCCUUUAGCAGUGGUUUCUUUGAAGCAAUUCGACCAUGAAGGCCUGAUUCACGUAGUCACCUCUGAACAGUUGAUCUUGAGAUGUGUCUGUUACUUGAACUCUGUGAAGCAUUUACUUGGGCUGCAAUUUCUGAGGCUGGUAACUCUAAUGAACUUAUCCUCUGCAGCAGAGAUAACUCUGGGUCUUCCUUUCCUGUGGCGGUCCUCAUGAGAGCCAGUUUCAUCAUAGCGUGUGGUUUUUGUGACUGCAAAUUUCCCGUAUUGACUGACCUUAAUGUCUUAAAGUAAUGAUGGAGUGUCAUUUCUCUUUGCUGAUUUGAGCUGUUCUGGCCAUAAUAUGGACUUGGUAUUUUACCAAAUCGGGCUAUCUUUUGUAUAUCACCCCUACCUUGUCACAACACAACUGAUUGGCUCAAACGCAUUAAGAAGGAAAGAAAUUCCACAAAUUAACUUUUAUCAAGGCACACCUGUUAAUUGAAAUUAUUCCAGGUGACUACCUCAUGAAGCUGGUUGAGAGAAUGCCAAGAGUGUGCAAAGCUGUCAUCAAGGCAAAGGGUGGCUACUUUGAAGAAUCUCAAAUAUAAAAUAUAUUUUGAUUUGUUUAACACUUCUUUGGUUACUACAUGAUUCCAUAUGUGUUAUUUCAUAGUUUUGAUGUCUUCACUAUUAUUCUACAAUGUAGAAAAUAGUAAGAAUAAAGAAAAACCCUUGAAUGAGUAGGUGUGUCCAAACUUUUGACUGGUACUGUAUAUAUACACACACACAGUAUGACCCGCUCUAGAGAAUAGAGAAUGGAUUCAAUUGAAUAUGCCUUAAAAAAGAAACAUCGUAACUGACAGUUGUUGUAUGACACAGAUUAUGCCAUGGACCACCUCAAACAGCUCCUUGGCAAAGCGAAGGGUUCUGCUGGAAGAUUGCUAAAGUUCUUUGUAUUCUAUCGCAACCAGCACCCUGAGUACUUUCAAUAUGUCAGGUCAGUGCCACACGAUUCUCUGUAAAUACACACAGGUAUAUAGGGAUGUGCUGUGAAGUUCAAUAACAAAACUAACAAAUGUUUCUCCUCUUCUCUUAGAACUGAGUGUGGGGGUCUGAUGCGCCCAGCCAUGAAAGACAAUAGUGGAAGCCAUGGCUCUCCUAUCAACAGCAAACUGCAGGGAGUCUUCCUCAGCUGCAACACUGAGUUUGACACAGGUCUUCCUCCAAACGACUCCCCCUACGGCCCCCUGCGUUUCCAGAUCCCGGCCGGGAACCUGCUGAAUCCCAACACUAAUCUUUACUUUGCUGACUUCUACUGUAUGUACACAGCCUAUCAUUAUGUGGUGUUGGUGCUGGCCCCUGCUGGCUCAGAGGGGGAUAACUUCUGCCGUAGCAGUCUCCCCCUGCUGGACCUGACUGCCAACCCCUUCCUGACAUACAUUCCCCCCCAGAGUCAAGGGGAAGAGCCCUUGUUCUGCCAUGCCAGUGAUGUCAUCCUGGAGGUGCUGUACACAGAGCCAAUGCAUCUGGAGCAGGGCAGUGUGGUGAAGAUCAGUGGCCACCACCAGAUGAGUCAGACCACGGCCAACGCCAAGAAGGACCCAAGCUGCAAAGUGUGCAACAUCAGUGUGGGCCGCUGA